UUAAGUUUUAGAUAUACGCAUUACCAUCCUUGGUCGCUGCUUGAUGGAAGAGACCAUCAGCUGUGUGUGUUUUUGAUAAUCCUGACCUGCGGCAAAAACUCUGUGGAGAAAACCAGAGAGAUUUUACAAGAAAUGAAGAGGACUGAUCUGGUGCAGAGGUUGUCAGACACCAGCUCAAGAUUCAAAAAGGAACACUCAGAUGAACAACACUCUGCACUGAUCCAGAAAGUAGCAACAAUGGCCGCUGUUAGGGAUCUGCUUUUAGAAACCCUGAAUUGUUUGAGUGAGAAGGAGCUACAUAAAUUCAUGGCGUUCCUGCAGCAGAUUGUCUCACAGAAAGACCUAACAGUCGUCUCAUAUAAGUGGAGUCAAACAACAGACAGAACUUACACAGUGGAUCUGAUGAUGGAGACAUUCAGGCAACAAUCUGUGGAGCUGACCAGAGAGGUUUUAGAGAAGAUGAACAGGACUGAUCUGAUGCAGAUUCUGUCAGAGACCAGCUUAACACUCAAAGAGAAACACUCUGUGGAUAAACAUCAACCCACACCUGCAGCAGAAGCAGUGAAGGAAAAUGUUGAACAGACUCUUUUCCACACACUCAAGGGUUUGAGUUUAAAGGAGCUUGAGAAAUUCAGGAUCUUGCUACAGUUUACAUACUUCCAGAAGAGCCUUCCACAGAUCCAGUGGAUCAAAACAGAGCAGGUUGAUCAGAUGUAUGUUCUGGUGGAUCUGAUGGUGAAGAACCAGCAGCCUGUUGAAGUGACCAAAGAGGUUUUACUGGACAUGAACAGAAGUGAUCUGGUUGAGAGGCUGUCAGGGACCAGCUCAGGACUCACAGAGAAAAGUCAGCCUGGCUGGCUGCAGAGAGUUGAAACAUUGACAUCUGCUAUGGAGCUGCUCAUGGAAACACUGGCUGAUUUGAGUAAAGAGGAACUUCGGGAACUCACGACAAUCCUGAAACAUACAUUCAGAUUUAGAUUAACCUCUGAUGAUCCUUGGAGGCUGCUUGAUGAAAGAGACCAUCAGCUGUGUGUGUUUUCAAUAAUCAUGACCUCAGGCCAAUACUCAGUGGAGACAACCAGAGAGAUUUUAGAAGAAAUGAAGAGGACUGAUCUGGUGCAGAGGUUAUCAGACACCAGCUCAAGAUCUAAAAAGGAACACUCAGAUGAACAACACUCUGCACUGAUCCAGAAAGUAGCAACAAUGGCAGCUGUUAGGCAUCUGCUUUUAGAAACCCUGCAUUGUUUGAGUGAGAAGGAGCUACAUGAAUUCAAGAGGUUCCUACAGCAGAUUGUCCCCCAGAAAGACCUCAGAGCCAUCUCAUAUGAGUGGAGUUACAAAACAGACAGAGCAGGCAAAGUGGAUCUGAUGAUGAAGACAUACGGGCAACAAUCUGUGGAGCUGACCAGAGAGGUUUUAGAGAAGAUGAACAGGACUGAUCUGAUGCAGAUUCUGUCAGAGACCAGCUUAACACUCAAAGAGAAACACUCUGUGGAUAAACAUCAACCCACACCUGCAGCAGAAGAAGUGAAGGAAAAUGUUGAACGGACUCUUUUCCACACACUGUGGAGUUUGAGUUUAAAGGAGCUUGAUAAAUUCCGGAUCUUGCUACAGUUUACAUACUUCCAGAAGACGGGUUGA